ACCAUUAUUAAUCCGUCCAAAAAAUUAAAAAAAUCGGCCAUCCUCGCUAUACUUUUCCGGUAUUAAAGUCAAAACUGCCAAAACUCAGUAAAUUCCUCUUUGUACUCACCGAAUCUCCUUCACUGACAAAAGGGAAUCCCUUUAACUUCUUUACAGAGAAAACCCCCCAAACCCCACCGUCACAUUUCUGCACAUUCUCUGUUAUGGAAAACAAAGAUGUAGUUCUCAUAACAGGCUGUUCAAAUGGCGGUAUAGGCCAUGAGCUUGCUCGAGCUUUUGCUUCCAAGAACUGCCUUGUUGUUGCCACGGCUCGGUCCUUAACAUCCAUGUCUGAUUUCCAAAGUGACCCAAGAUUCUUUCUUCAAGAACUAGAUGUUUUGUCUGAACAAAGUGUGACACAUGUGCUCACUAAUGUUCUUGAAAAGUUUGGGAGGAUAGAUGUUCUUGUUAAUAACGCUGGUGUACAGUGUGUUGGACCUCUCGCUGAAGUCCCUUUGUCCUCUAUUCAGCAUACCUUCAAUACCAAUGUUUUCGGUCCCAUAAGGUUAAUUCAAUCGGUUGUUCCGCACAUGGCAUCCAGGAAAAAGGGAAAAAUCGUCAAUGUUGGAAGUUGUAUUGCUUUGUCACCAGGUCCGUGGUCUGGUGCUUAUAGUGCAUCCAAAGCUGCUGUACAUUCAUUUACUGAUACCUUGAGACUGGAACUUAAGCCAUUUGGCAUUGAUGUCAUCACUGUUGUCCCUGGGGCUGUGACGUCGAACAUCGGAAACUCUGCCAUUGCCAAUUACAGUCAAAUGCCAGAAUGGAAGUUGUACAAGAAAUUUGAAGAACCAAUCCGGGCACGAGCACAUUUCUCACAAGGCCCAAGAUCAACUCCUGCGGAAGAAUUUGCAAAGAGGACCGUGAACUCGGUGCUGAAGGAGAAACCUCCAGCUUGGUUUUCUACUGGCCACUUGUCUACUAUUGCUGCAAUCAUGUACCACCUUCCACUUUUUAUCAGAGACUUCAUUCUCAGUAAAGGGAUGAAGUGUUGAUACAGCAUUCUUAGAUUCUUAUAUAUAUAUUUUUUAGAUGGUAACAAACUUGUAUUAAAAUCACAUAAGGCUGUGAGGGUCAUAUUUACAGGGAGUAGGUAGCAAAAAUUCUAGACUAGAGAUCUAAGGCUUGUAGUAGAGACUCAGCUCUACUAUGUACUCUUGUUUACCGCAAAAAUAAAAAAGCAAAAUAGUUGUAUGGAAA